AUGCCUAAAUUGGUCCGCCAUGGGCCUUACAGCAAUGCUAAAUGUGACCGAGACCACGAAGCAAAACUCUUCCAGAAAGACUUCGUCAAGCACCACUUGGAAGACGAGCAAGCUACUUUUGGACCAACCACGACGUUCUUCAGAAACGAAACCGACGCCGACGCCAUCGAAAAGGCCUUCAUCAAGCUGCUUGAUACGGGUGAACGACAGAAAAUCAGGUUCCGGGGAGGCAACGCUGACGAUUGGGAUGAUUGGGGCUGGAUAAGGGUGGAGGGAACGAACCAGGAGGAGGGGGAGACCCAGGAGAAGAGAGUGACCCCGGGGGAGAGAGUGUCCCAGGAGGAGAGAGCGAACCAGGAGGAGAUGGCAAAAUCAUUAACGAAACUGAUCGCUGGUGAAGACCCUGGCAGCCUGGGACCGCCAAAGAAGCCAUAUGGAGAAGGUCUUGAUCUAUAUACAGUAUUGAGAAGGAAGUGGCCCAGUAGAAUGUUCAACUAUUGGUUCCACGAACUUGGGCAGUUCGAAACCGAGAAAAAAAAUCUCCGCGAGGAUGUACGAAAUCCGUACCCAGACCACCACGUGUCGUUUUACAAAGAAAUGGGACCAGAGGCGAACAGCGAAGCCAUCGGCAAUUUGGAAACAUUCAAAGACCGAGCAGAAGCUGUAAAGUACGCGAAGAAGAUCGCUAAAUCUCCGCACUGGCAUCCCUAUAACGCAAAAAUGGAGACCGAUUUGGGCGAAACCGAACACCAGUUCAUUUGCAUAUACCCGAGUGAGGAACAAGGCUUUGAAGAGGUGCUCGUGGUUGAUCACUUAUACAUCAGCAAAGAGGGGAGGGAAUGCUGGAAGAGACCUGUGAGACUUUAA